ACUCAGAAGAUGAAUCUCUUCCAGUCCAUAACAAGUGCCUUGGACAAUGCUUUAGCCAAAGAUCCGACUGCAGUAGUAUUUGGUGAAGAUGUGGCCUUUGGUGGAGUCUUCAGGUGUACAGUUGGCUUGCGAGACAAAUAUGGUAAAGAUAGAGUUUUCAACACCCCCUUGUGUGAACAAGGAAUUGUUGGCUUCGGUAUUGGAGUUGCUGUUACAGGUGCUACAGCCAUUGCAGAAAUUCAGUUUGCAGAUUACAUUUUUCCAGCAUUUGAUCAGAUUGUUAACGAAGCAGCAAAAUAUCGUUACCGCUCUGGAGAUCUGUUUAAUUGUGGAAGCCUCACCAUCAGAGCCCCCUGGGGCUGUGUGGGUCAUGGUGCACUGUAUCACUCUCAAAGUCCAGAAGCUUUUUUUGCUCACUGUCCAGGAAUAAAGAUUGUUAUUCCAAGGAGUCCUCUUCAGGCCAAGGGACUGCUGCUGUCAUGCAUAGAGGACAAAAAUCCAUGCAUAUUCUUUGAACCUAAAAUACUUUACAGAGCUGCAGUGGAACAAGUUCCUGUGGAGCCCUACAACAUUCCACUGUCUCAAGCUGAGGUGCUGCAGACGGGCAGUGAUGUGACACUGGUUGCUUGGGGCACUCAGGUACAUGUGAUCAAAGAGGUGGCAGCAAUGGCUCAAGAAAAGCUUGGUGUGUCCUGUGAAGUUAUUGAUCUGAGGACCAUCUUGCCCUGGGAUACAGAGACCGUUUGUAAG